AUGUGUACGCUGUGUGUCUAUGCGUGUGCGUGGAGGAGGAUUAGUGUGACGUCACUGUGCGAUUCGGCAUUCCCGCCCGGCGUUAAUUAUCAUCAGCUCAUCCAACCGAUCACAAUUAUCGAUUACCGGCCUUCUCUCCACUUUCACCCUCCCAUUUUCCCGAUUUCAUAUUUCACCAUUCUCCUCUUUCGCGUCCCUUCCCACUCCUUGCUUCGACUACAAACCAGCCUUGUAAAUGUGGGCAAGCUGACCUGCAACAUUCUUCUAUUAUUUUGGCUUCUCUCUAUUCAUCUCUCUCUCUCUCUCUCUCUCUCUCUCUCUCUUUCUCACGCUUCACCCUUCUUUUUUUUUAAUCCGUUAGGCUCAUUUUUUUCUUGUUUUGUAUUUCCUUAUUUUCCCUUCUCUAUUUCAUCUUCCUUCAUCUUCAUUUUUGUCUUCUUCAUUCUCAUUUUCUUCUUCUUACUAUUUUUAUUUUCAUCUUCUCUUUCUGCAUCUACGACACAAUUCUUUCUUUCUUUCUUUCUUUCUUUCUUUCUUUCUUUAGUCACUCGCCCCAUUUUCUUUCUUUUCAUUAAAACUUUCUUCUUCGAUAAGCUUUUUACACGCCAGGAAAUAAUCUAUCUAUCUAUCUAUCUAUCUAUCUAUCUAUCUAUCUAUCUAUCUAUCAGUCUGAUCGUAUCUAUCUAUCUAUCUAUCUAUCUAUCUAUCUAUCUAUCUAUCUAUCUAUCAGUCUGGUCGUAUCUAUCUAUCUAUCUAUCUAUCUAUCUAUCUAUCUAUCUAUCUAUCAAACUAUCUUCUAUCUAUCUAUCUAUCUAUCUAUCUAUCUAUCUAUCUAUCUAUCUAUCUAUCUAUCAUGUGCUCCUAUCUAUCUAUCUAUCUAUCUAUCUAUCUAUCUAUCUAUCUAUCUAUCUAUCUAUCCCAGGAAUAAUUCCGUGUCUCAGCGCUAUUUUCCUCCUUCGCUUUCUCUUCCUCUUCCUACUUCUCUUCUCCCCCCGCUCUUCCCUCUGA